UUCUACAUCAAAUCAAUGGCAGGUAUCAAAGUUUUCGGACACGCUGCUUCCACUUCCACCAGGAGAGUCCUCCUCGCCCUCCACGAGAAAAACCUCGCCUUUGAACUUGUUCACGUCGAGCUCAAGGACGGUGAGCACAAGCAAGAGGCUUUCCUCGCCCGCAACCCUUUUGGUCAAGUUCCCGCCUUUGAAGAUGGGGAUCUCAAGCUUUUCGAAUCAAGAGCGAUCACUCAGUACAUAGCUCACCGAUACCAAGACCAAGGAACUGACCUUCUCCCAGCCGACUCCAAGAACAUAGCCCACUAUGCAAUCAUGGCCAUUGGACUGGAAGUAGAAAGUCACCACUUCGACCCAGUGGCUUCAAAGCUUGCUUGGGAACAAGUGUUCAAGCAAAUCUAUGGCUUGACCACAGACCAAGCCGUUGUUGCAGAAGAAGAGGCUAAGUUAGCCAAGGUCCUUGAUGUCUACGAGGCUAGGCUCAAGGAGUUCAAGUAUUUGGCUGGUGAAACUUUCACUUUGACCGAUCUUCACCACAUUCCCGUGAUUCAAUACUUGCUCGGAACUCCCACCAAGAAGCUCUUCACCGAGCGUCCACGCGUCAACGAGUGGGUGGCUGAGAUCACCAAGAGGCCAGCUUCCCAGAAGAUCCUUCAGUGA